GAAAAAUUAAUCCGCAGGCAUGCGGGCGCCUGCAAGAACGUCUACUCCCCCGCGAGCGGCCGCUGGCGACACCCUCAGGUUCUGUCUUCAGGUUCAAGUUUACUCUGCAUUCCAGUUUCAUUUCCAGCAUUGUCUGUCAUAAGGAUCAAACAGGAUAAGAAAAGAAUUUAUAAAUUGAACUUCAACACUUAUAAAUAUGAUGCAGUUCAUGUUGUUAUUCAGUCGCCAAGGCAAACUACGCCUUCAAAAGUGGUACGAAGCUCACCCAGAUAAAGUUAAAAAGAAGAUCACCCGAGAACUCAUUUCCACAAUCCUUGCUAGGAAACCAAAGAUGUCUUCAUUCCUUGAGUGGAAGGACUUGAAAAUUGUUUAUAAGAGGUACGCUUCCCUGUACUUUUGCUGUGCCAUAGAGCAGCAGGACAAUGAGUUGCUGACACUGGAAGUGAUUCACCGAUAUGUCGAACUUCUUGACAAAUAUUUUGGAAGUGUGUGUGAACUGGACAUCAUCUUCAAUUUUGAGAAGGCAUACUUUAUGCUAGACGAGCUGAUGGUUGGGGGGGAAGUGUGCGAGACCAGCAAGAAAAAUGUGCUCAAGGCUAUAGCGGCCCAGGACCUGCUGCAGGAGGAGGAGACACCUCAGGGGUUGUUUGAAGACCACGGGCUGGGUUAACAGCCUGGCCAGCCAGGUCUUAGUGCAAGUCUCAAAGAUAUAUAUAUAUAUAUAUAAAUAUAUAUACAGUAUAUAGCUUAAAUAAAUUUUAAAAGGGGAAGUAUUGCUGUAACAUUUCCAAGGUCUGUGAAGGCUUUGUUCAAUUGUGUACACUCCUCGGCCUUUGAAUUACAUAUCACCUAAUAUUUAUGUAGUAAUUCAUGUACAGUGGAGGCGGUCCUCAUUUUGCAUGAAGAUUGGUUUCCUGAGAACCUUUCUAAAUUCUGACACAGAUAAAUAAAACAUUAAUGUAUAGUAAGAGCUAAAUAGGGUUAUUAACAAAGACCUGCAAAAGUUACUUUUUCUGUGGGAAGCCCCAUCGGCUCCCUGAAGCUAUCCAAACUGACAUGUGCAAUAUUAGUUUGGGAUCAUCGGUCAUGGAAGUUCUUUAUGCCUACCAGAGACCACGAGCCAGAACCUGGUCCACUCAGAGAGGUGCAGGGAGCAAUGGCUAUAUGAACACUACAUUUAGUCUAUAUCAUUUCUGCCGUCGACAGAGGAGGGCACCCAGAAAGAUAGGCGAAACGAUACAAAUCCCCAACUGGUGAAAUUUGUAACUUACAACCAAACGGAGCCAAAGAACCCCCCCCCCCCCCACAAAAGAAAACAAGUAAAUUGUCUUCCAACUAGUGUGCCCACUCGUUAGCCUGCAAUUGUUAACAAUUGCAGGCUGUCAUAGGCAAUUACUCCCUGUGCCUCUGUGAGAGGUUCUGGCUUUUUGGUAUGUUGUCUCCCCUCUUCCCCCAAAUGGAGGGGAAGCCCGUUCAGGCAAGCAGGCGGCUCACCAUUUCAGUUCUUGACUGAUGUGCAUGGUGGUCAGACAUCACCUCUGGCCUCGCUUUCCUGUCUGGAUUUUGCCUUGUGUGGCUGUGCUAGCUGUGGUGGUGGUGUGGUGGCCAGGUGUUUUGUGUAUGCAUAGCAGUAUGUGCCUAGGGCCAGCUUCCCUAGGUGCCCUGUAAGUACUACCCUUCCAUUUCAGGGUUCUCUUCCCUGCAGCGUUCGGGACUCACUCCCAUAGAGGUCUCCGUCGCUUGGUGGUGCCUUUACCCUUGGGGUUAGUCAGGGGUCGUGGGAGUUUCAUCUAAUCCUGGGUAGGGAGUGAUUUGUUGCUGGGCGGGGCGAAUUGUGAUCUGCACACAUGCGGCAGCCGACAAUUCUCUCUGCCUGCCAGUUUGUUUGUUUGUGGGAUUUUGGGGAUGUUUGCUGUACAGUAUUUUUAGUCUUUCUUUUGGUGGAGGGCUGCCUAGCUUCCUAUGAGAUCCAUCUAAGUUUUGUUUGGUAGUCAUCCUUUGGUGUCCUCGAGGUUCCACGACUGCUACUGGUUGGCAGUUUGCCUGGUAUUAGACAGGGUUCAACCGGUUCAACUGGGCUAGCUAACUCAGUACCUUGGUUACCCCAUAGGGAUUACUCACCACCCCCCUUGCGGGCCCCUGGAAAUCUCUUUAGGGCUCGGGGUGACCGUGUGCGUGUCUUCCGAGUCCUCUCUCACCUUGUGCGAGGUUGAAGGUUGUUUGUUGCCCCUGUCUCAGGGAGAUGAUCAUUGAUGCUGCCUGUCGGGUUAGUGACACCUACGACCCGGAAUCCUGCAGGAUUUGUUCUCUGCUUGUGCUCCCGUUUACCCAUUCUUUGUCUGAAGAUCUUAGGGGUCAGGCAGCGGCUGCAUUGCAUGCUAGGUUUUCUUUAUUGCAACAAGCCAGGUCACCCAUUUAGAAGCCCCGGAACUGCCUCGCUUGGGUUCUAGGAACCAGGAUUUGAGGGCGUUGGUUGCCUCGGUCUUGGUUCAGUCCGCACUCCCUUUUCCUUCUCAGGUGGGUGUGGUUUGCCCUGCUCCUCUCUCUCCCCCUGCUACCGGCUCCCAAAUAUCUGAGGACUGGAGUCGGAGCAGGGGGGGAGAGAGGAGCAGGGCAAAUAUCUGAGGGUUUCGGAGUUGGAGCAGGGUUUAGCUCGAGAUGAGGCUCGGGUAGCUUCGGGGACUGCCCCUUCCGUUACAGGUGCGGAGGUAGUCGAGCCCGAUUUUCCCGCUGAAGCUUCUGGGUCGACCCAGCAGACUCGCUUCUUUGAAGCUUCAACCCUGGACUCCGCAUUUUCUUCAGGUGUAGUAGGUAUGGAUGAGGGUUCUGCAGUGGAUAAUCAUCACACUCGUAGUCAUUUGGCCUCAGUCUUGCGCUUCCUCAGUCUUUUGGAGCUGUCCUCAGACUGGCUUUCAGGGGAUGUGGGGGCAUUGAGUGAACCUUCGGCUGGGGUUCUGGGCUUCUCCAGGAUCUUUGGCUGCCUUGCUAAAGCUGUUUGCGCUGAUCCUCCAGGAGGCAGUAUUUAUGGUAUCUCUCGCAUGUCAGCAGGCAGUUCUUGCUCUCUCUUUUGAUUCCGCUUGGGCUCUGACAUUGCAGUCUUCGUCUCCAUUCUGUCUUGUUAUUUCAGGAGGACUGUGUUGCCUAGUUUUUGUCAGCGGCUUCUAUCAGUUGCCGCUCCAUUUCUGAUUUGUUGUUGCUUCGGGGGGAAGGGGGGUUCUCGGUCCUCUUGGGGUAAUCGUGCCAUGGCUCGAGUUUCGGUAGGUCGAUGUGGGCCUUUGAUGCCAGUUUCUGAGCCGGUGUGUCCUCCAGGGUCUUCUUUGUCUGGUCGGCGUGGUGGUCGCUCUGUGCAGAAGUUGGCUUCUAAGAGGUCGCGUCAGCCCUUUCCUGGGUUGCCCCAUUGACUGGGCGCUGGGGGGGCUCUAUUUGCCCAAGCAUGGUCCCGCGAUUCAUGGCCUUUUCGGGUCGUAUCUUUUGGCCUGUGAUGGCUUUGGGCGACUCCUCCUGUUGAAGGUUCAAGGCUGGUUAGUGAAGCUUCUUCCCUCUGUCUGUCAGGUCAUCUUGGAGUAGGUUCGCCUGGGCGUGAUCAAAACAACUUCAUCCCUCAGGUGGGUUUCCCGCUUGUUUCCAGUUCCGAAACAGGACUGUGCGGAUCUUCGGUUCAUUCUGGACUUGUUCUGUCUGAACUGUUUGAUUCCUUACCACUCCCUUUUGGAUGACCACAUUGUCCCAGGUAUGGUUUAUUCUCGAGCCAGGAGUUUCGAUGAUUUCUUUGGACCUCAAGGAUGCUUUUUGGCACUUCCUAUUCAUCUGGGGUUCAGGAAUUGGAUGGGGGUUCGUGGUUGGGCGACAGGAUUACCACUUUUGUUGCCUUCCAUUCGGUCUGAAUCUGGCACCUCGCAUUUUCACGUGCUUAACCAGGACCAUCGUGACCCGUCUUCAGUUUGCUAGGUCUUUAGGUUCUGGCCUACCUCGAUGACUGGUUGGUGUUGGCUUCCACCCAGUCUGCAUGUCUGCUAGCCAGGUAUAUAGUCUUUUCCCAGCUUGCCGGGUUCGGGCUCCUGUUGAAUUGGCGGAAGUCCCAUUUGGUUCCGUCCCAGGUUCAGACUUGGCUGGGCCUCGUGUGGGAUUCUCGGAUGGCACAAGUCAAACCUGGCCUCAGACUAGACUUGGUGAGUAGAACAACUCCCAGAACCCCAUCAAGCAGGUACAUCCAUAUCUCUCUCCCUCCUGCAGCUUUGUUAUGGCUGUAGGCUCAUUGUCAGCUGUUUUUGAGGGGGACCCAGGUCACUUGGCGGUAAAGCAAGCAGCUGUGCGGGACUGAACUUUGCCAUGCUGGUUUACCCGCUGAGCAAGUUUUGGCUUCGGAGGCUGUCCUGGUAUCUUCAGAGCAGCCCCUUUCGCUGCUCUCGCAACUGCUGGGUUCGACUCCUGGUGUCCUUACAUCAGUUGCUGCGUCUCCGGCUUCCUCUUUGGGUUUUUCGGGGUUCAGUGCCGUGGUGCCUUCCCCCUCCCUCACUCGAUGUGUUCACUGACGCUUCGUUUCUUGGCUGGGGUUUUGUGACUAGCACUCACUUGGUCGGCCAGGGGCGUUGAGCUCUGUCCUUCUGUCGGAUUCACGCACAGUGCGAGAGUCAGCAGCUGUUUGGCAGGUGCUGCGGCGCUCUGUGAUCCGGCUCCAUUCGGACUGUUCCCCCUGUGGUUCAUUGUCUCAACCAGGUGGGGUCUCUGCAGUCUGUGGUUCUUUGGGGCUGGUCGUUUUGGGUGGUUCUUCUGCUGAGUUUUCGGGGUUUAGUUCUCUGUGCCAUUCACAUUCAUUGAGUGUCCAACGUCCUGGAUAUUCAUUGGGGGAGAGUGCUUCUCCUGGCCCCAUGGUGGUCAGCCCAGCCUUGGUUUCAGGUGCUGCUUGCUCGGUGUAUAUACCUAAGAGUUUUUCUGCGCCUCGGCCUCUUUCAGCAGGUCGGGCCGGUGAGGUACCUUGCUGGUUUGGCUUAUUCCGCUCUUCGUGUGUGGUUUUUCUGAUGCAGGUGUAUCACCAUUUGUACGGUGAUCAGGUGGCUUCAUUGAUGGUGUCCCAUCUGCAGUCUUCCUCUCAGCGGCAGUAUGAAAUCUCCUGGCAGUCUUUCCACCAUAUUCCUUUCCCUUCGUUGGGAUUCGUUGGUGUCUGUUCGGGUUUUGUCCUUUCUUGGGUUUUUCUGGACCGGCAUCGCAUGCCGAAUACUGUCGCUUCAUGUUGUGUGGCAUUGGCGGAGCUGCUCCAGCUUGCGUUCGGGGUGGAUGUCACUUCUGCUCCGUUCUGCAAACACUAGUGUUCUUCACCUCCGGCCUGUUCAUGCGCUGCCUGAGCCUUCUUGGUCUUUGGACUGGGUGCUCUCAUUUCUCUCCUCAUCUCAGUUUGUGGUGGCCCCUUUGGUCUGUGAUUAUUUUAUGAAAGCAGUGUUUAUGUUAGCUUUGGCCUCUGGGGGUUGGGUUUGGAAGCUUCAUGCUCUUCUCUGGCACAAAGGUUUCUGCUCCUUUGGUCCUGGGAGCCAUUUUGUUUGUUUACAGCCCUCUCCUUUUCUGGCGAAAAAUGAGACAGCUGGCUUCCAGAGGGGUCCGUUGGUGGUGGAUGCUUGGUUGGUUCGGCCGAGGGUGUGUCAUGUCUUAUGUCCAGUGGCAACUUUACAUCACUACCUGUGGGCCACUGGUUCGGUGUCAGUGGACGCUCUCUCGGUGGAUCAGGUUUCCCUGGUUCCCUGUUCCAGGGCUCGUGAUUCUCAGGUUGUCUGCAGGGUCAUAAAGUCUAGCCAGCCUGUGGUCUACCCUUGUGCCCAUGAUGUGCGAAAAUAUGCUGCUCUCGCUGCUGUUUUCGGAAAACAUGUCUUGGGUCGACAUUCGGGUGCGGGGAUUUUUGAAAUCGAACAGGGUCCUGGCUUCUAGAUAUCUUGUCAACUUUCCGGACCCUCUCUGGCCUUGUACUGUAUUUCUUUGAGAUGUCUGUCGCGGCCUGUUGUCUCAUCUUUGUCUUGAGACCUGUGGUGCCGCCGCCUCCUGGGUAAGUCCCUGAUUUUACUUAUUGGUGGGUAGUUAGCUUCAGGAAGCCGACAGGACUCCCCACAAAAAAACAGCGAUGAAUGUAAUAAAACAGCAUUUUCUGGGCGAGCCCCGGAGGCUCCCUGACACCCUUUGGUCUGUGUUUUCAUCAUUCUACGAACUGGGAUGGUGAACCACCUGCUUGCCUGAACGGGCUCCCACUCCCUACAUUUGGGGGAGGGGGGCACUAACAAGCGGGCGUGCUAGUUGGAUGACGAUUUACUUGUUUGUUUUCUUUUGGGGGGAGUUCUUUGGCUCUGUUCAGAUGUAGGUUGAAAUUUGUAUUGUUUUGCCUAUCUUUCUGGGUGCCCUCCUUGGUCAAUGUCAAACAUGACAUACUCUAAGGAUAGUGUGUUCAUAUGGCCACUGCUCCCUGCAUCUCUCUGAGUGGACCAGGUUCUGGCUCGUGGUCUUCAGUAGGCAUAGAGAACUCCUGUGACUGAUGACCCCAAACUUAUAUUGCACAUGUCAGUUUGGAUAGCUCCAGGGAGCCAACGGGGCUCGCUCAGAAAAUGGUGUUUCAUUGCAUUCAAUGCUGUUUGUUUUUUACUUUAUUUUCUUCAAUAAAGUAUCUGCUGUACAGUACAUGAACAUUAAUAUAUAAUGUUCUGUUUACUUUCCACCCACAAAUACAGUACAAAAUGGAAUCCAGAAUGCUUGGAAAGUGAAAUGAUGCACAAAUAUCAUAAACCAUAUUGUAAAAAACAAGAAAUAUCAUAUUCCAAAAUUACCAAGUCAUAUAUGGGAGCCUGAUACACUGCCAACAAUUCUCUUGAUCUGCAGAUUACUUGGUAAUCUGAGCUAAACCUUUGUAAAGUAAAAAAAAAAAAAAAUAAUAAUAAUCACUCGCACUUGUAACCUUGACAUAAUGUGAAUGAUGUCAUUACCUCGUGCCGCACAAAAUGAGGGCCUCUCGCACUGUACUGAUUUUUUUGUAAACACGAUGCAGAUAAUUUAGAUUAAAAUUUAGAAUAUUUGUUCAUAGAACAUCAGGUGUUUAAAAGUUAUCUA